UAAACACAACAAUAUAUUACCAUUCAAUGUUUUUUCCAUUACAGUUUAUGAUAACAUAGUUUUGAAGAUACUCACAAAGUCGUAGACUUGUAUAAGAUUAUGAGCUAGUAGUGAAGAAAUUGAGUUUCAACUUUGAAUACUUUUGUACAGUUUUUUUUCAUGGUUUUGCGGAGAAGUAGAUCUUGGCGGGCGCGGCGCCCACUGAUCAUCAAAACAUCCUAACAUAUAUAUCACAUUCCCAUAUUCUCAUGCACCCUUUUCCAUGUUGGUGAUCAUAACAUGUUUGACAAUAUGGCUUCAGAAAAUACUGUCCGUACAGUCACUGUACUUAUCUUACUGUUCAUGUUCUUCUUGGCUACUUCUGCUGUUCCACAGGAUGAAGUGGAAGCCAUUAGAGAAAUAGCUGGACAACUGAACAAGACAGAUUGGAAUUUCAGUGACCCUUGUAGCAACAAAUCCACUAUUGAUAUCCCACGCACAGAUCAGUACAGCAAUGUUAUCAUCUGCAAUUGCUCCAUCUCUGCUAAUAAUACUUGCCAUAUCCAAAGCAUAACUUUCACAGGUCAGGAUCUUGAUGGUGAGCUUCCAUCAUCACUGUGGAAACUACCUCAUCUUAAGGAAGUAAACUUAGGCAGGAACUUCCUCAGUGGUUCGAUACCGCAAGAAUGGGCUUCAACAAAGUUGGAACGGCUGGUCAUUAGUGUGAACAAUGUAUCAGGAGCUAUCCCUGCCUAUUUAGGAAACAUAACCACUCUCAGAUCAUUGGCCUUGGAGAGCAACUUGUUUUCUGGAACUAUUCCCUCUGAGCUUGGGAAAUUGGUGAACUUGGAAAAGUUGACUCUUAAUGCAAACAAUCUCACUGGACAGUUCCCUCCAGCUCUCACUAAUCUCACAAUGUUAACUGAACUUAGGAUUAGCAGUAAUAACUUCACAGGAAAGAUGCCUGAGUUUGGCAAUUGGAAACAACUUCAGAAAUUAGAGAUGGAAGCAAGUGGUUUCAAUGGCUCAAUUCCUUCUAGUCUAUCUAACUUGAACAACUUAACAGAGUUAAGGAUUAGUGACUUAAAUGGGGAGAGCUCAGAUUUCCCAGACUUGAGAAACAUGACAGGCCUUGAUAAAUUGAUGCUGAGGAGCUGUAAUCUAAGAGGAAACAUUCCUGAAUAUAUUCGCACUUUGACGAGUCUAACUGUCUUAGAUCUUAGCUUCAACAAACUAGAAGGGCCAGUUCCAAAUUUUGAAAAUAUAAUGGCACUGGACACAUUGUAUUUAACAAGUAACUUACUCAGUGGACCUAUUCCAGAAUGGAUCAAACUCAGAGAUAGUCGCUACCAAAUAGAUCUUUCUUAUAAUAACUUUUCUGAGACAUCUGAACCAUCUACUUGUCGAGAAACCUUCAAUCUCUUCAGGAGCUCAUCUGGACAGAAAAACAACUCAAUACUCAGCAAGUGCCUGACUCAAUGUUCAGAAGAUCAUUAUUCAUUUCAUAUUAAUUGUGGAGGAAAACAAACUACCAUUGGAGACAUCACGUAUGAAGGGGAUCAGGACUCGGGAGGCGCUGCAAAAUUUGUCCAUAACCGAGCUAUUUGGGGAUUUAGCAGCACUGGUGAUUUCUGGGAUAUUUGGAGCACCACAAAGGACUACAUAGCAGAAAAUGUCUCUGUGCUGAGAAUGAACAAUUCUGAUCUCUACACAACUGCGCGCCUCUCACCUCUUUCAAUAACUUAUUAUGGUCGAUGCUUGGCAAAUGGAAAUUACACUGUGACAUUACAUUUUGCAGAGAUAGUACUAAGAGACAACAGAUCUUAUUAUGGUGUUGGAAGGCGAAUAUUUGAUGUUUAUGUUCAGGGAAAAUUGGAGUUGAAGGAUUUUGACAUUGAGAAGGAAGCUAAUGGAGUUGAUAAGGAAUUUAUCAAAGUAGUUAAGACAGUUGUGAGUCAUAAGACACUAGAGAUUCGCCUUCAAUGGGCGGGGAAAGGGACGAGGAAUGUUCCAAAGAGAGGAAUGUAUGGUUCUCUAAUUUCAGCUAUCUCAGUGGAGUCUGAUUCCAAACCUCCAGAAAAGAGCAAAGCAACAAAGUUCAUCAUCAUUGGAGUUGUUUCAGCUUUUUGCCUUCUUCUCAUAGUUUUAGGAAUUCUUUGGUGGAAAGGCUAUUUUAGGAAGAAGGAAUCAAGGGAUGAAGUUCUAAGAGGAUUAGAUCUAAAAACCGGUUUCUUCACGUUUAAACAAAUUAAAGCUGCCACUAACAACUUCGAUGCUGCAAACAAAAUCGGAGAAGGAGGAUUUGGAUCAGUCUACAAGGGUGUGCUAUUAGAUGGCACUAUUAUCGCAGUUAAGCAACUCUCAUCCAAAUCGAAGCAAGGAAAUCGUGAGUUUAUAAACGAGAUAGGCAUGAUUUCUGCUUUACAACAUCCAAAUCUUGUCAAAUUGCAUGGAUGUUGUAUUGAAGGAAAGCAACUAUUGCUAGUUUACGAGUACAUGGAGAACAAUAGCCUUGCAAAUAUUUUAUUUAGUCCUGAAGAUGGUCAAGUGAAAGUAGAUUGGAAUACAAGGCAAAGAAUAUGCAUAGGCAUUGCAAGAGGUCUGGCUUUCCUACAUGAGGAAUCAGCAAUUAAAAUUGUACACAGAGACAUCAAAGCCACAAAUAUACUACUAGACAAGGACCUUAAUCCAAAAAUAUCAGAUUUUGGUUUGGCCAAACUAAAUGAUGAAGAGGAAAACACCCACAUCAGCACCAGAGUUGCUGGAACUAUAGGAUAUAUUGCCCCAGAGUAUGCAUUAUGGGGUUACUUAACUGAUAAAGCAGAUGUGUAUAGUUUUGGAGUUAUGGCUAUGGAAAUUGUGGCUGGCAAAAACAACAUGAGAUAUCGUCCAGAUGAAAACUUUGUUUGCCUUCUAGAUUGGGCUAUUUUCUUACAACAAAAGGGAGAUAUAAUGGAGCUGGUGGAUCCAAAGUUGAGGUCGAAAUUCAAAAAAGAAGAGGCGAAAAGAAUGAUCAAGGUGGCUCUAUUGUGCACAAAUCCAUCACCUUCACUUCGCCCCACCAUGUCAACUGUAGUGACCAUGCUUGAAGGCCGAACUACCAUCCCUGAACUGGUCAUGGAUUCAAGUAUUCUUGAUGAUCCAUUCAGGUUCACCGGGUUGCGAGACAAGCUUGAUCAGAUUUCACAACAGAGCUCAAGUGAAACAAUAUCAUGGAUUGAUUCUUCCUCUAAAUAAACUUUUUUUUUUAUCUUUAGUGAGAGUUACAUUUGUUUUCAUUAUAGCUAUGUCUAUAUAUUUAGGUGAGUUAAUUGUAUCCUAGAAUUUAUUAGGAAACAAGAAAAGAAAGCUAUUCUUAUAUAAUUUUAUUUAUCAUAUCCAUGCGUUUUUUCUAUAUAAAAAAUGGUUAGAAAUAAAUCAUGUACAGCUUUGCUAGUUAUUAGCCAGAGUACUCUUAUAUAUCAGUUAGAAGUUAGUUGUGUUCUUGGUUAUAA